UAAGUCGACUAUUUUGCCGUCAACAAUAACACGUCUCUGUGUCUUCAUUUUCAGUGGACUCUACCAUGGCUUACUCGAGAUAUAUGGUCACCGUCGCUUUGUGGGCGUGUCUCGCGGGCGCCUUGGAAGCAGCGGCCCUCCCUGCUGCCGGGCCGAAAGCAGAAGCAGACGCAGAGGCCAAAGCAGAUCCCUUUCACCUCGGGUUGGGUCUGCCGCUCCUUGGGGGACUCUACGGAGGCUACGGAGGUUAUGGUCUCGGUCUCGGUCUCGGGAGCCUGACUGGUCUCGGAUUCGGCGGCUUGAGCGGUCUCGGUCUCGGCGGAUUGGCGGGUCUCCACGGUCUCCACGGUCUCUACGGUCUGGGCAACUUGGGGCUCGGCGGUCUCGGCGGUCUCUACGGUCUCGGUCUCGGUCUCGGUCUGGGAUGGUGAGUUUUCGGUAAAACGAAUUUCUUAAUCGAGAGAUCUUCUCAACGCGCGUCAACUCAUUAUUUCCUUGCUGGUAGCUCAUAUACAGCCAUUCUCCUGGAAGAAAAAAAAAAAAAAAAAGAGUCAAAUAUUGAAGAAUUAUGUGAUUGCGUGCAAGAUGUCCUGUGCAAGACGACUCAGCGUGCGAUGUGAUUGGCUAGGAAGCUUGGGAAUUCGUGCCUAGUCAUUGGUUAGUUGGUUUGAAUUUGGAGCUCCGUGAUUGGUUGGGCGGGAUGGUGACGCGGCAGGUUGGUGUGACACAGGCUCGUGAUUGGUCGAUUUGAUAAGUGUGCUGGACUUUUAAUUGGUUGGAUUUUUGAAAAACUUUCUGUAACCGUAACUUUCUUUUAGAUGGGCCAGAAGCACGUGGUCAAACUUUGCAUAUUUUGGCAUUAUUUCAAGUUGAAGUUGGCACAUAUAAUUGAUCAGUUUAUGAUUUUUUAUUCUUUCUUUAAAUUAUUA